AACACGGAGCCCUGUCUGUCAAAAUGUAGUUCCAGUUUACAUAAUAGACAUCUAGCAGUCCUCUAACCGCUUCCUGUUCACCGAGGUGGGACUGAAACACGCCUCUAACCCGCUGGUGAUACACUUGGGCCUGGAGUCUCCUGGCUGGAUUCUUCAGGCAUAACAAUGACCAUUCUGAACCUGUCCUUUGCUGCCUGUGGUUUUAUGGGGAUCUACCACCUGGGUGCGGUGGAGGCCUUUCUUCAUCAUGGAGAUAAGCUGCUGAGCUCCAUGAGGGCCUGUGCAGGAGCGUCAGGUGGAGCGCUGGUGGCUGCUGUCCUCAUCACAGCUCCAGAUAAGCUGGAGCACUGCAAAAAGUUCACCUACAAGUUUGCUGGUGUGAGACAACAGAGGUUUGGAGCCAUCACAGGAUUCAACUUCAUGCUCAUUCUACGGGAAGCACUAGAGGAGAUUCUGCCAAGUGAAGCUCACAAUCUGGCCAGCAACCGACUUUAUAUCUCUAUAACUCACUGUAGGAGUGGGAAGAACCACAUCGUUUCCAGGUUUCCCUCCAGGGAUGAGCUCAUAAUGACUCUGCUUGCCAGCAGCUUUGUGCCUCUCUAUGCCGGGCUCAGACCGGUGGAGUUCAAUGGACAGAAAUGGAUUGAUGGGGGGUUUACGGACAGCCUGCCCAUCCUGCCUGUGGGGAGAACCAUCACUGUGUCUCCCUUUGCUGGACUGCAGGAUGUGUGUCCUGUCCACAGGGGGCGCUUCAACACUCAGCUCAGCCUUGUUAACAUGAAAAUUAUGUUUUCCAUUGACAACAUUAAACGUCUGAACCAGGCUUUGUUCCCUCCGUCCCUCAGCACCAUGUAUGCCAUAUGUGAGGAAGGUCACACUGAUGCUAUGCGGUUCCUGAAGCGAGAAGACCUUAUGAUCUGACUGCUAUAACCCUCAGGAAGCAAAGCACAAUUUCCAGGAGACUCCCGACUUUUCAGGGUUUUAUAAUAGUGUAAAUGAGGGAAGACGCUCAUCUUCUGCUGACUGGAGCAGAACAUCAUGAAGACACCUCAUUUGGACAUGGACUACUCAUCAAUUUUCCAAGAAGCCGUUUAAUUUUCAUAACUGAAGUACUGUGAGAUCAUGGAGUCUGGAAGCUUUGAAAAGUGUUUGAUGUUUCUGCAGGGUUACUGUUUGGUUUUCCUCCAGCAGGUGGAAAACAGGUGGUCAGCUGAGAAAAGCUCCCAUUGCUAAUAUAUAUUAUUGGUAUGAAAUGAUGGUCAGAAUUACAAUAAUUUAUGUAAAAUUUAUUUGAAUGACUGUUCUAUCCAUCCUACUUAACUAAGGAACUCAGAAGGAACUUCUUCAAGAAAUUCUUUCCCCUCUGUUUUUUGCAACUGUUUGCUCUUUUUCUUUAUUUUAACCUUAUAUUUCUUGAUAUUUAACCUAAUACAUUUUUAUUUUUCAAACAUCCUGUUUAAGUAAAACAGUGAUCCCUAAUCACCUCAGUUGUCCAAGAAUAAAAAUGAUUUAUUUUUACAGUUAA